AAUACUGUUUCCAUGAAAGGCUGUAGAUGGUCUGUAACAAUGCUUAGGUAGGUGGUAUGUGUCAAAGUAACAUCUACAUGGAUGGGAGGACCCAAGGUUUCCCAGCAGAACAUUGACCAAAGCAUGACACUGCCUCCGCUGGCUCGCCUUCUUCCCAUAGUGCAUCCUGGUGCCAUGUGUUCCCCAGGUAAGAGACGCACACGCACCUGGCCAUCCACGUGAUGUAAAAGAAAACGUGAUUCAUCAGACCGGACCACCUUCUUCCAUUGCUCCAUGGACCAGUUCUGAUGCUCACGUGUCCAUUGUUGACGCUUUCAGAGGUGCGCAGGGGUCAGCAUGGGCACCCUGACUGGCCUGCGGCUAUGCGGCCCCAUACGCAACACACUGUGAUGCACUGUGUAUUCUGACACCUUUCUAUCAGAACCAGCAUUAACUUCUUCAGCAAUUUGAGUAACAGUAGCUCGUCUGUAGGAUAGCCAUCACUCUGUGACACUGAGCUGCUGAUUGGAUGUUUGCAUGAACGAGCUGUGAGCAGGUAAGUGUCUCUCCAACCUAUGUUUGUGAUGUACACAGUUUUAAUCCAACCUGGCAACGGGGCUCAUGACCAGGACAGCAAGGUGACAGGAGGUUAUCCUCGGUUUGAGACACACCCACACUGGCUUCAUUUAUUAAGUCGCUCAUUCACACGUCACGCGCUUGAAUUGUUCAGCAGAGGUCAAAUCUACAGUGCCAAACUUACACAGCUCGCGCGAACAUACUUCAGUUAUAUAUUUAUUUAUUUAUUUAAUUGGAAGAAGAUGAGGAAGGUGUUUCCCUGGCUGACCAACGUGUCUCUGUACGGCUGUCUGUUCGCUGGUGGGGAUCUUCUCCAUCAGUGCGUGACGCACAAGGACGGCGGCGAGCUGGACUGGAAACGCACCCGGAACGUAGCGCUGGUGGCGUUCUGUUUCCAUGGGAACUGGAACUACUUUUGGCUGCGCGCGCUGGAGCGCCGGUUCCCGGGACGGUCCCUUGGCACGGUUCUCACCAAGCUGGCUCUGGAUCAGAGCUUCGCCUCGCCUAUAGCCACCAGCGUUUUUUAUACAGGAGUGAGCGUGCUGGAGGGCAAAGAGGACGUGUUUGAGGACUGGAGGGAAAAAUUCUUCAACACGUAUAAGACAGGACUCAUGUACUGGCCCUUCAUGCAGUUCCUGAACUUCGUCUUGAUGCCGCUCUACUUGCGCACCGUCUUCAUGGGCUGCUCGGCGUUCCUGUGGGCGGGCUUCCUGUGUUUCUCACAGCAGAACGGUGAUGGCACCGCGGCCUCGGCUCUCGCCUGGAUAUCUGCCUCGGAGAAACGGAUGGUGAGCCGCAGCGCUAACGAGGAGAAGUAAUGUACGAGAAGGCACACUGGAACAGCGCCCCCUGGUGCCUUCACUCACACUACAGACGUUGAACUGUCAAUCAUUCAUUAAUAAUAAACGUGUAAUGUCACUUGCGUAUGUAACUUGACUUGAAAUAGAUUAUAUGUCAAUGAAUACCUCAUACGUCCAGGUAUGUGCUGAUACACAUACACACACACACACAAUCAUAUACACACACACACACCGUGACAUCAGCACUAUAUCUUUGUGCCUUUCCCAAGGCCCAGACUUUAUACGCUGCUCCAAAUAUUUGUUUUAAAUAUAUGUAUUAUUAUAUAUUUUUUUAUUUAAAUAUAUAAUAUUAUAAUUCAAUUUAGAUAAAGGUCCAUUAUUUAUUUAUUUAUUUAUUAUUUAUUCCACACUGCUAGGAAUUCUCGAAUCUGAUUGGUCAGAAGGCAUUGAUUGGGUUUCUCUAGCAGAAGCUUGGAAGUUUAUAUAUUAAAGCGCUCGUUUCCAUAGCAACGGCGUGCCUGGCGAUUCGUCGUGUAGUUGAUGAUGUGUUGGAGAUGUUUAUGUAACAUUUUUACGGAAGGAGUCUCCAGUUUCAGCGCUUUGUAACAGUCAUUUAUUGUGCAGAGGAAGGAAUUUUAAUCAAUUGUUGGCAACAACAACAACAUGUAAACUAGAAACAGAUAAAAAAGUACAGUUUGUUGUUCUUAUAUGAAAGUUUGAGAUGAUUUUGCUGGGGUUUUUUCUGUGAUGGUUACAACCAGAAAAUCUUGCAGCAUUUUUCAAAAUGUAUAAUGCAACUUGCAAAGUUUUUAGUGCUUUAUAUUUAUUUAUUUUAUUGUAUUGCAUUUUUUAUUUUAUUUUUUGAGGAAAACUACUUGAACCGGUAAAAUUUCAAGCGGCAGGAAACUUCUUCUAAACUCUUAUUAAUAUUAUUUCAGUCACUUAUUAUUCUGUUAUUAUUCUAUUAUUUAUUUUAAAUUUAUUUAAAUACUACAGGAAUCUUUUUACUUGAGCAAUUCAUUAUAACACGAAUUCUUUAUGGUCUAAAUUUUGUUUGGUUUAUUGACAUGCUGUAGUUCUUUGGUGGCUCAGUGACGGGGGGUG